UCUUCAGUCGCUCCUCUCUUUCUCGUCAAGAUGGCGGCGGACGAACCCCGUGAAGACGCCUGUCGGGAAUACCAGUCGUCCUUGGAGGACCUGACGUUCAACAGCAAGCCUCACAUCAACAUGCUGACCAUCCUGGCCGAGGAGAACCUGAAGUUCGCCAAGGAUAUCGUCACUCUUAUCGAAGCGCAAGUCGCUAAGGUUUUUAUGACUAAAGCCUUUUAUUUUACUCUAAGGGUCCCCCGCUCCCUCAUCCUCCCCCCCUCAGGCACAGCAGUAGGCCCAGGAGCCCCCCUCAGGAUAGAAACCCCUCCUAGUUCCGUUCAGUCAGGGCGAUACCUCACAGGGCAAGAUGGCGGCAAGAUGUCCUCAUUAUGA